UGCUGUGGCGCGCAUGGCGCAUGUGCGCAGUUUCGCUUAGCGCUGCCCGUGCAGCGGCGUGGGGAGAGCUCGGAGGGGAGGCGGCGGCGGCGGCGGCGGGGGCCGGGUCGGGGCACGGCGGACCGCGGAUCUCUGCGAGCACGGGCCGGCGCCAUGGCUCCCGUGCUGAACCUCAACAACGAGGUUGUGAAGAUGAGAAAAGAUGUGAAGAAGGCCAGAGUCCUGACUAUUCGCAGACUAACGAGACACAUUGGGAAAUUAAAGUUGAAAAAGGGUUCAGAAGACUUGAAAAUGAAGAACCAAAAACGAGUUGAGAGAUUAAUAGAAGAAAUCCAUGCCAUGAAGGAAAUAAAGCCGGAUGAAGUUACCAGACUUGCUCUUAGGACAGAAGUUAAUUUUGAAAGUGUCUGCAGAAAGCCAAAUUGUACUCCAACUGAGCGAGCCACUGCAAGACUUGCAACACACCCCAUCUUGAAACCCAGAUAUGUUGAACUUAAAGCUGCUGUAAAAGCUUUUAAGGAUGCAAGAAAGAACACAGACAAAGCCACUCCUUCGAAAAAGGCUAAGUCAGAAGAACAGCCUAAAUCAGUGCAACAUUUUGCUAGCAAUUUGGAUGACCAAGCUCUUAACCUAGCUCAAAACCAGCAAGGACGUGAAAACAAAACAAAAAUGAGUAUGAAAAUGGAAACUGACAGGGUGGCUGAAGAACUUUCUGAGAGUGAAUCUGAGCAGAAAACUGUGGAAAUGGAGAAAGCAUAUGCUCCAGAAGAAUCUUCAUUUCAGGCAGUAGAAGUGCAAGCAGUCACGCAGAAUAAAACACAAAAGAAACUUGGCUAUCAGAAAAGGAAAGAAAAUAUGAGCAUGAACAAAUUAAAUGCAAGAAAAGAAAUAAUUAAUGAUGACAGUGAUGAAGAACAACCUAAUGAAGAGCAGUACUUUGAUGAUAGUACUGAAGAGAGGUUUUAUAACCAGUCAUCAGAUUCUGACAGUGACAGCAAUGAUGAUUUCUUCAUUGGCAAAGUAAAAAGAAAGAAAAAGAUAGCAGCAGUUACUGAUCUUUCUUCAGCAACAGAGAAGGAUGGACUUCAGAAAAACAUAGUGAAGAAAGAAAAGAACACAGCGCCUGGGACAGCACAAGAUUUGAUCAUGGAAGAAGGAAAGCCACAUGCAAAAGCAAGCAAGCUGGAAUCAAUGUUCUGCAGUUCUUUGUCUAAUCAGAAGUCUCAAAACAGAAGAAAUACUAAAGACCAGCCUUUCAAAAAUGGAAGAAUAGUUCUUCUUAAAAAGGAACCACAGUUCAAGAAGCAACCAUUUGCAAAAGUUGCAGAUAUUAAAUGCGACAAUAAGAAAGCACCUUUGGAGCAGCCUCUUCAUCCUUCAUGGGAAGCAAGCAGGAGACGCCGGGAACAAAUGUCUCAAAUUACAGCAUUCCAGGGGAAAAAGAUUAAAUUUGAUGACUAAACUAUGUGCAAAUUGAGAUUUUUAAAAAAGAUUAAUGCAGAUUUGCAUCCCGUGGUAUUUUCUUAUGGAUUAACAACUACAUUUUUGUUAUACUGUCCUUAUCCUUUGCAACCUAUAAAAUAGCAACUGCUAGAACUUGCCAUCUGUGAAUAAUGAAGAUUGCUUCAUUUAUUCCAUGUGUUUUCUGUUAAUUAAUGUAUGGUCAUAUGGUGUUGGUUCACGAGUCCCAAUAUGUAGUGUCACCAUUUAUGAAAAAUACACCCUAACAUGAAUGAAGCUUCUUAGGACCAUCAUUUGUGCCCUGUAGGAACAGUGCAGAUUCUUUGGAGCUUGUUUUUUGUGUAAAAAUAUACUUUAAACUAUAUGAGGACUUGGAUGUCAAGAGGGAGGAGAGAAUAUAAAAUACUGAGGUGAUGAUCCUAGGACUAUAUUAUCAAAUACAUCUUAACUGAGAAAAAGUAAAAGAUUCUUAAACUCAGACGUCACAAAUUCAUGAAUCUCUCAGGUAGGUGGAAAAGCCAAUCAGUAGUAUGCAUGAUACGAAAAUUUCUGGAGAUAAUAAAAUACAGAUCUGCUAAAUUGUGAUCUCUGUUCUUUGAUUAUACUGCCAAUUUGAAGAACUGAAAGAGUUGUCCUGGUGGAUAUAUCUGGCUGCUUCAGUGUGUCUGUCUUGCACUUUCUGAAAGAAUGCUGAAUAAAUGAAAGAUCUUUGUACACUAAGAAACAUUGGACUUUUAAGUGGCAACCUGAGUUCAGAAGUUCAUUUGACUGGGAUAUGAGGUAAAAUCUUCAUUGUAUUUUUCUUCAGGGGCUUUUCCUACUGCUUAACUGAAACAAGUUCUGAACUUGUAAUUAAUCUUUAACAAAGUUUUUUAUUUAAAUAUAGUUACCUUUCAUAAUCUUGUAUCUUUCGUAAUCAAAUUAAUUCAGAAACUUGGUAAAUUACUGCAGUGGGUGUAAGAUAAUGCAUUGUACAAUUCAUGUAGCAUUUUGUAACGCCUAAGAAUAGCCCUGCAUCAAAACAAAGGUCCAUCUAGCCUUGUAUCUUCAACAGUAGUAAAAAAGGAAUGCUUUAAGGAUAGAGGAAGCACACAAUAUAUCAUCCAACUUCCAACAUGUCAAGCUUCCAUUUUAUAGCUCAGUGAUAUCUUGUGAUAUUGUAGCUUAUUGUGUUUAAUAAUCCUCAGUGGAUUUCUGUUCUGCAGAUUUGUCUGCUCUUAAAUCCAUUAAACUUGUACAAUCUG